AUGCGGGACGGUAAAAUAGUUGCGGCAGACUGGUUCAUACUCGUUCCUAAAACCAACAGGAAAGGCAAUAAGAAGGAUGUUGAAUCAGUUGUAGAAGUGGGAGAGAGAGAGAGAGCUCAAUGUUGUUGUCCCGCUUUCAUGACUUAUGACUGGGUCUGCAUCGAUUUUUUUUCGGAUUGUCUGGUUUCGUGGGAAUCGUUUUCCGGUACGCCUAAUAUAAAUCGUCUCAAGAAGACUAGGUUCUUCAGAUCUCGACCCGUGUACGAGAGUAAUGUUCAGUUAGUUAGACUCCAUUGCGUAGUGAGCUUGAAAUUGAAACCAGUGAUACACAUCUGUAAACAUGUCGCAAGAAAAAUCCACUUUUGA